AUGUGUACGGAUUAUACUAAUCUGAACAAAGCCUGCCCGAAGGAUGCCUACCCAUUGCCCAAUAUUGAUCGUCUAGUUGAUGGUGCCUCUGGGCACAACAUGUUGACGUUUCUUGAUGCCUAUUCCGGGUACAAUCAGAUUCAAAUGCAUCCGCACGAUGAGGAGAAGACCGUUUUCAUCACUGACUCGGCUAACUAUUGUUAUCGGGAAUCGGAAAGUAGGUACCAAUUGCUGGAAAAGGUGGCACUCGGACUCGUUCACACGGCUCGCAGACUUCGGCAAUACUUUCAGGGACACAAGAUUGUGGUUCGCAUUGAUUGUCCGAUCGCUAAAGUAUUGCGGAAGCCCGAACUGGCAGGGCGAAUGAUGGCAUGGUCUAUUGAGCUUUCGGAAUUCGACAUAUCAUUCGAACCUAGGGGGCCGAUUAAGUCACACUACUGGGCUGAAUUCAUCAAUGAGUUACAGCCUAACGGUCAAUUCCAGAGUGAUCAAUGGACAAUGCAUGUCGACGGCUCUUCCAACAAUACAAGUAGCGGAGCAGGCAUCAUUCUUGAAGGGCCCAUGGGGGUAACCCUUGAACAAUCCAUGCUUCGAGCCUCUAACAAUCAGGUCGAAUACGAAGCACUGUUAGCAGGAGUAAGGUUGGUAGGCGACAUUGGGGUCCGGAGAUUGAUUUAUUGGACAGACUCACAGAUCGUAUCGGAACAGGUUAAUAAUCAUUUCCAAGUCAAAGAUCCAAAUCUACUUCGUUACUAUCACAUGUUCCAUAACAUGUGUUCCAACUUCGAUGAAGUACAAGUACGACACACGCCAAGGGAAAAUAAUGAAAGAGCCGAUCAACUGGCCCGAUUGGUAAGCAGUGCUCGAAAACCAGGCCAGCUCAGAACUACCCUGCACCUCGAGUUACCUACUCCAAGCAUAACCUCAACCAAAAGCAUGAUAGUGGAAGAGACAAGUUCGAUAGCAUCCAAUGCAACAUGGAUAACAGAACUCCUUGACUUCAUUGUACAUGGCAAGGAGCCCGCCAAACCCUUGUCUGCUAAAAAACUUCGAACUCAAGCUGCUAGAUACUCGGUCAUCGGUGGUGAAUUGUACAGAAGGGGUUUCUCAACCCCGUUGCUCAAAUGCUUAGACUCGGCCCAAGCCGAUUAUGUAUUACGAGAAAUUCACCAAGGUAUUUGUGGAUCACAUUCGGGUGGUCAGACUCUCACAGCAAAAGUAUUAAGAGCAGGUUAUUAUUGGCCAACCCUCAAGAGUGACUGUGCGCAGUUCGUAAAGCGAUGUGUUCAAUGUCAAAAGCAUGGUAACCUAAUCCAUGCCUCGGCUGAGCAACUACAUAGCAUCAGUUCGCCAUGGCCGUUCGCUCUAUGGGGGAUGGACUUGCUCGGCCCAUUCCCUAUAGCCAAGGGUCAAUGCAAAUUCUUGUUGGUAGCAGUUGAUUACUUCACGAAAUGGAUUGAAGCCGAGCCACUUGCCACAAUCACACACCCACAAUCAAAUGGGCAAGCCGAAGCAGCUAAUAAGGUUAUUCUCACCGAACUGAAGAAACGCUUGGGUGAUGCCAAAGGAGCUUGGGUUGAAGAAUUGUUGGAAGUAUUAUGGGCUUACCGGUGCACGCCACAGUCAACCACAAGAGAAACACUCUUCUGCUUAACAUAUGGUACCGAUGCCAUGAUUCUUGUAGAAGUCGGAGAACCUUCAUUUCGGCGCACUCAUUUCGACGAGAGCUCAAACGAAGACUCUAUCCGAGCUAAAAUCGAUACGGUGGAAGAAACACGUAAUCAAGCCCAAGUAGUUGCAGAGGCAUGUCGGUAG